GUAUAAAGGACAGCGCCGCGAGUUCAUCAGCCAGAGUAGAUCUAUAAAUGACCCGGUAGUAGCACACACCAAGGAUAACAGAGCGUAGUGUCUUCUUUGUUACAAAAACUUUUCCCAACUGACCAACAAAGAAGUUGGACAUUUAUUUUCUAUCAUGGAUCUCCAGAGGACCGGAUCCUUGGUUCGCCCUCCAAGUCCCAUGGACAGCCUGGAGAAGCAACUGAGCUGCCCCAUCUGCCUGGACAUGUUCACCAAGCCUGUGGUCAUCCUGCCCUGCCAACACAACCUGUGCCGCAGCUGCGCCAGCGACCUCUACGACUCACGCAACCCGUACCGCUUUUCCGGCGGCGUCUUCCGCUGCCCCACGUGCAGGUUCGAGGUGGUGCUGGACCGUCAUGGUGUCCACGGGCUCCAGCGGAACCUGUUGGUGGAGAACAUCAUCGACAUCUACAAGCAGCAGCAAGAAUUGAGCGGCAACAGCAACACUGAAACCUCCCUGAAGCCUAAAGAGUCCAAAGAGCCCAAGUGCCAGGAGCAUGAAGACGAGAGAAUCAACAUCUACUGCAAAACCUGCCAGACCCCGACAUGCUCCAUGUGCAAAGUGUUUGGGCAGCAUAAAGACUGCGAGGUGGCGCCUUUAGAGAGUGUCUACCAGGCCCAAAAGGGUGAACUGAGCAAUGCCAUUGACAGCCUGGUGGCCAGCAACGGACGCCUUCAGUCUCUGCUCAUCCAGAUGGAAGACGCUUGCCGUGCCGUACAGGAAAACGCGCAGCGCGCUAAACAAGGCCUAGCCGAGCGCUUCGACCUGCUGUAUGCCAUCCUGGAAGAGCGAAAGACCAUCCUCCUGGAGCAAAUCGGUAAAGAGCAAGACGAGAAGGUGGCCACGCUUCGGGCGAUGUCCCAACGUUAUGGCGAGCGACUCCAAGCCAGCACCGACCUCACCGAUUCGGCCGUAAGGGCACUGGAGCAGAGCGGCGCCGCCGAGUUUCUGGUGUCGGCCAAAGGCCUCAUCACGCAAACCAAAGAUGCGGCCAGAGGCUCCAUGGGUGAGGAGCGGCCCGAGCCGGGUUUCGAGAAGAUGGAUCAUUUCGCCGUGUCAACAGAGCACGUUGUGGCGGUGCUGGCAAAAAUGGACUUUGGCUCAGACGACGACGAUGAUUUUGAUGAUGCGGAGGAGGAAGAGGAGGAAUAAUGGAAAAUGAAGUGAUGCUGGACUUAUGUACUUGGGAAGAUGUUCUGACAAGAGUAUGGCAGGGAUUUGUGGAUGUUAUUGAUAAUAAGUUAUGGGGGGAUGUGGGAUAGCGUCACUUGCCAGUACUUUCGGUGCAAUAUUUACCAAGUUGAAUACAUAACUUUCCUUUUUAUACUUUUGUACUUCUGAACCACUUGAAUGUUGGUGUUAAGAGGAGAUGUCAAGUUUAAAGUAACGAAUGUCUAAGAUGUUGAUUUUGUUCAAAUUGUAGCAUAUGGUUCUAGAUGUUUUGCUAUUUCUCACUUUGUCUUGGUUGACUUACUUGGACUUGAAUGGAACCCCAAAUAAAGCUGCAUGACAUUAAA